AAUUACCCCUUUCACCCCAUUUAGCCAUUCCCCAUCUCUCUCCUCUCUCCUUCCUUUUCAACGGCGUUUCUUCCCUUUCCCCCUCUCCCCCAUUCUGGUACGCAUCUCUCACCCUUCUCCUCUCUUUCUUUUUUAUCUUCUUUUGUUUCUUUUCUCCAUUAAAUUCUUUCUUUUACGACACUCUAGGACAGACGAACUCCAACAUGAACGAUGCUCCUGCGGCUCGAAGUGAUGCAGGUGGAAGGGAUAAAGACGGUCAAUCUACUUUGAAUAUAUCAAUGACCAUCCACUUUUUCAAUCUAGAUGGUAAGAUGGUCACCCAUGAAGGCUUGCAGGAUGAACAGCCUGGCUAAUACUAACAACCAACCAAAAGCCAAAUGAUGAACAACAAGAUGGAGUUGUGAGUACUGGGAAUUGCAAGAAUGAUUUUCCUAAAUGCCUUGGAUUUGUCAAGGUCAAUAUGGAUGGACUUACAAUUGAAAAAGGGUGGAUCAAAAUGCUCACUAUAGGUCAUCAUGCUCUGUUUUUUGUUUGUAAUUACGAGAUCAAAAUUAUUCAUUUAGCUAUGUAUAUUUUUCAAUAAUUUAUGUAGCUCAUUUUACAAUGUAAUAUGUUUGGUUUUAUUGAUAAUAACCUUGUUGGUCUAUGCAAUAGAACAUACACUAGUUUUCUGUGAAUCGUGUGUACAGACGAUUCUAUGUACAAGUUUUGUCAAUGUACAGACAAAAAGACUAAGUUUUGUUUGUGA